AAGAUCCAACUUUGCCAUCCGGAAAUCCCCCAAUUUCCCUGCGACGACUUCUCCAACAGAAAAUAGAAAAACAAGCAGACCAGAAUCUAGAUAGAGAAACAGCCAGCCAGCCAGCCAGCCAGCCAAGCACAAUUCUUCUGCAGAGAAGACCGCAGAGAGAGGAACUGUGUUGAGGUCUCUGUGGCCUAUUGGCAUUAAUGGCGGAGGGUGUAAAGGAGAAUAAAUCCACCGAAGAGAGCGUUAAGCUUUUUGUAGGUCAAGUGCCCAAGCACAUGACGGAACCUCAGCUUCUCGCAAUGUUCAAAGAGUUUGCUUUGGUCGACGAGGUCAACAUCAUCAAAGACAAGACCACGCGCGCCUCUAGAGGGUGUUGUUUUCUAAUAUGUCCGUCCCGGCAGGAAGCAGAUAAGGCCGUUAAUGCUUGCCAUAAUAAGAAAACUUUGCCUGGAGCAUCUAGUCCGUUGCAAGUGAAGUAUGCAGAUGGCGAGUUGGAAAGACUAGAACACAAACUCUUUGUUGGCAUGCUUCCAAAAAAUGUUUCUGAAGCUGAGGUAUCUGAAGUAUUCUCUAAAUAUGGAACUGUAAAGGAUUUACAAAUUCUGAGAGGUUCUCAGCAGACUAGUAAAGGAUGUGCGUUUUUGAAGUAUGAGACUAAAGAACAAGCACUUGCUGCCCUGGAGGCUGUCAAUGGAAAGCAUAAAAUGGAGGGUUCAAGUGUUCCUUUGGUUGUCAAAUGGGCAGAUACAGAAAAAGAAAGGCAGGCUCGAAGGGCUCAGAAAGCACAAUCUCAGGCUUCCAGUCUACCUAAUACUGACUCACAACAUCCUUCAUUGUUUGGAGCCUUGCCGAUGGGGUAUGUUCCCCCCUAUAAUGGGUAUGGAUACCAGGCUUCUGGAACUUAUGGAAUUAUGCCAUACCGCAUGCCCCCUUUGCAGAAUCAACCUGCAUUUCAUGGUAUGAUUCCUCAAGUAAAUCAAGGCAAUGCAUUGCGUGGGGGAAUGAGACCUGACCUUGCCUCUGGUAUGGCCCCUAGAAAUUAUGCUAUGCCUCCUGCAAGUUAUGUUGGAUCUGCUUAUCCUGCGGUGCCAGCUAUUCAGUAUCCCAUGACAUAUCCUGGAGGAAUGAUGAGUCACCAGCCUUUGAGUGGGUCUCCUAGUACAGUACCAUCUGCAAUUGCAAGCAGUAACUCUGCAACGUUUUCAGGUGUUGGUUCAAAUUCUGCCGGUCAAUUAGAAGGUCCACCUGGUGCUAAUCUAUUCAUAUAUCACAUACCUCAAGAAUUUGGUGACCAAGAGCUUGCCAAUGCUUUUCAGCCAUUUGGUAAGGUCUUAAGUGCUAAGGUCUUCGUCGAUAAAGCAACUGGUGUUAGCAAAUGUUUUGGAUUUGUUAGUUAUGACUCACCGGCUGCGGCACAAAAUGCUAUUAAUAUGAUGAAUGGAUUCCAAUUAGGGGGUAAGAAAUUGAAGGUUCAGCUUAAGAGGGACAAUAAACAGACUAAACCCUAUUGAUCAGAAGGUGAUUCAUGGAAGCAAGCAGAAUUCUAAGUGAUAUGUGGUCACAUGCAACCUGGAUAUAUGGGAGUGACUGCAGGAUCAACACUUUGGGGUGGACAUCUGUGGUUUCUGUGCAUAUUCCUUCGCUGUAAUUGCUUCAUGGGAUUGAAAUUCCCAAAACUUGUAAUUCAUGGUGCAUUUUGCGCCCAUACGAUUUGUAAUUUGUGUACCAUGGAGGUUAUUUAGAGAUCAAUUAUUAAUUUUUUGAUUUUUCCCCCAA